ACCCCACCCUGCCUUGCAUGUCUGCUGAGGAGAGGAGAGGGGAGAUGGUGGCUCUUCUGCAGCUCUCCUGAGCUGGGGAUUGAAGCAUCCCAGGCAGGAAAAGGUGAAGCUGGGGAUGUACACUGCAUAAUGAUGCUGGACAUAUGUUGUUUGUACCAUGAAACAACUCUCAUAUGACAUCUUCCACUAAACUGCUGGAACUCAGGUACACUGAGAUGGCUGCAAGGGACAGUUUGCGUUGCUCUCCCGCGUCCCGGCGCAUCCCCUCAUCCAGCUGUUGCCAUCUGGCGGCCAUGGAGCCGAGCGGCCGGGCUUCCAGCGGGGAACGUGUGCCGUGACCGUGACCGGGGCAAUCUGGGAACAAACGCACGGCAGCUCACGAACACUUGUCUACCAUCUGCCUUAUUCAGCGCUGCCUUAAUCUGCUGUCAUCAACAAUGCCAUUUUCCUGAUACAAAAAUGCAUUUAAAAAGGUAUAUAUUGCAUUUGAAAACAGAAGUUAAAACUGCUGGACAGUGCUCUUAUUUUCAAGCUUUCGUUCCUUUAAUUUCCCUGAUGUACUCUCUAUCUAACCUGUUCUUUUUAUUAGUUUUGCUUCUGCUUCUCAGCACCUCCACCCUCCCACAGGCCCUGUCAUCCGUGUGUCUCCUGGAGCCCCUGGCACCUGCUCUCUUCCGUCGGGCAUUGCCUCUCUGUACUCAAUUCUGUGACAAAAAUUUCACUUAACAUCUUGCAUUCCUGACUCUGCCAAAAGCAGCAGGUAUUGUGCUCACCUUGCCCGUGUCUGCACAGUACCACUCUGCCAAAGGGACUUUCCUGCAGGAGUAUUGCUUCACGGCUGACUUCCUGCAGGCUCAUUCCUGAGCAUGGAUGGAAGGAGCAGUGCCCUACAUUCAGCAAGCAGUGAGUUUGCUGCUUUCCAAUCGAUCUGAAUCAGGCUGGUGUGCCAUUGCUACGGGGGUAGUGGGUUUGUGUCAAGGAUGUGGCACAUAAAAACAAGCUGAAAAGGUUGGAGUCAAGACAUGUAAAAAAGGGUUUUUGUGUGGGAAUGAAAUGUUUGUCAAAAAAUUCGCUGAAUACUCUGAAGGAAAAAAGAAAAAUACCCAUCCUAGCAAUUGAUAUAAUUCAGGCAUUCAGUGUAGCUGAGCCCCUUCCCCUGCUUUUUCACCUCGGUCACGGUGGGUCACAUUCCCUAGCUGAACAACAAGCGGCAUUCACUUCUCUGUCCAUAUUUAACUGCAGUAGCUCAGGUUGCCUUGCGUUUUUUGCGAGGUAAAAGGCUUUGUGCCUCUGCCAGGGAACGUUUCUCACAGCCAGGCUGCUGCUCCCCACAGGCCUUCUCCAAAUACCUGCUCCUUCCCCUUCCAAGAGGAGCGCUGACUUCCAGCCAGCGGGGGAGGCUGGCUCCCAGGCUGGGCACUCGGCUCCGCUGCAAGAGCAAUAACCCCUUGCUGGGGCUGCAGACUUGCUGGGGCCCCACACUCUGCACCCUGCUGGCUCCAAGGGACAGUCCUUGAGGAGGGACAGACACCUCCGUCAGCCCAGAGCUGUCAUGUGCCAGAGUGUGGCAACACCCUCCUCCAUCCAUCCCGGAGCCAACCUGGCAGCCCUGCCUGGGGUGGGCAGGAAUGCUUUGGGACCCUGAGAGGAUCCGGAGGGCCCUGGUCAGCAUUCCCACAAUGCCUCCAUGCAAUUGUAUCUCCACGGCAGCUGCCUGCCUGGGAUAAAGGCUGGGAGCAGGCAGACGUGGGUUUGAAAUAAGAUCUCUGCAACAAUGGGAGCUGCCGGCCAGGAAGGAGGCCAGAGUUAUGUAGAAGGAGAGAUUUUACUGGAGGAUAAAUGUAAAUGCAGAGGCUGAAUGCUUAGUGGAGGGGGCUGGGUGAGGGAAAGUGAUUAAAAAAUAAUUAAAAUAAUAAUAAAGGCAUCCAGCAUGAAACACUAAGCCAGCUGGCAGACAGCACAAAGGAUAUCCAGCAGAAAUAGAAAAUACCUCUGGUGUCACCCAGAGGCAAAGCUAAGGAAGGGUUUUGUGGGGAAUGUUUUCUGGAAAAGGGAAUUUGGAACACUGUGUAAGAAUGGUUGUGGCAGGGCACCCAGUGGCAUGUCCUGUCUCCACAUGGCCUGAGAAAAAUGCAAGAACACCAUUAGCAUUAGGCAAGCUAUCCCCAGGACACCACCCAGAGUCCUGAGGCUUGUGACUGGGUCUUCAGUGACAGACUUCUUAGAGGGAAUGUGUGUGUGUGUACAUUCAAUAAUAUAAAAUUAUUUAGCAGACUAUUUUUUCUGAACAGAGAUAGACCUCUGCAAACAGACACUCCUGUGGCACCCAACUCCACUGCAGACACACUCUGAAGAACUGUCUUGGUUAAGCUGGACAACUCUAAUUUUAUCUCAAUGCCCUCUACUUUUUUGCAUGGGGACAGCAAGUGAAUCCAAAUCUGCCUUCUCCAGACCAUUUGGGAUUUUACAGACCCUACCAAAGCUCUCUCUCUUGCUUUCAGACUGACAGUUCAUACUCUUUAUCUGUUCCAGGUACAGAAGCCAAUUUGCACUGUGGAUGUUGUUGUCACUUUCUCCUGGGCCUUUUCCAAGUCUUUUGAAACCAGAUGACCUGAACUGCAAAGAACAUUCACGGAUUUAUAGUGGCAUCUUUCCUUUUUGCUUCAUCUCCUGUCCUAGAAACUGAUGGACUUGCUUUUUUUUUUAUGCUGCUCAACACUUCACAGGACUAUCUCUCUCAAGGUUGUGUUUCUGAGUGAUACUGUUGAGCUCAAAGUAGAUAAUCAUGUAUAUACGAGGUAAAUAGGGGUGUGUGUGUAUAUGUUUUUAAAAUCCUUCACUGUUUCUUGUUUUCUUUGCUAGCCCAAAGGACUGAGUAUUGUUACCAAACACAUCACUUUUCUCUCCUUUCCAGGUGAUUUAUGGCAAUAAAGAGCAAGCAUUUUCAUGCUCUACAGAAAUGCACUGGAUCUGCCCUGCUGUAGAAACAAACCAGUCAUGUUUCUACCACUUGACUUUCUCAGUCCACUAAGUAUAGAGGUGGCAGCAGGAGAGUGGGGUGUCUUCUCUUACUUAGUUAAUAGCUUCCAAGGUGGAGAUCCCACCAGGAAGUCCUGGUAGACUCGAGGAGAUGGAUCUCUCUUGAGAAUAUUUGUUUACUUCAAAGCUUUCCCAUCCCUCUGUGAAGCCAAGGGAGCAGCCUCCUCCCAGCCUGCUGUCUGUACACUGGUGGGGGUGUAUCAGAAAUAAGUGACUGCUCUGUUUUUUCUCAGAGAAACAAAACCUUAAACCUGGCAAGUUGCUCUGUUCACAAAAAGUUUCUGAGAUCUCACCAAGAUGUUCAGUUACUUACAGAUAAUUCUUUCUUAGUUUAUUUGGGUGUGCAUUUGUUUAGUAAAUCAUAGAUCACAUUGAUACUUAGAAAAAAAAUGACCUUCUGUAAACUGAAGAAGAUAUUUGGUGGGUGAAACACACUGUGCUCCCGUUUCCAGCCCGGUGGUGCAGUGGCCCUCAGCUGUUCUGUCAUUCCCAGAACAGGUGCUGUAAGCCAACACCCUGGUGGGUGUAUUUUGGCAGUACCCUGGUGAGGCAGCACAGCCCCCUCUGAAGAGACCUCAGAGGUGCUUUGUGCGUGCCUCCAUCUGUCUGACUGUGGCAAGAGGAUGAUGAAGGCCCAUUGUGUCCUCCUCCUCCUCAUCUCCACAGGUAAGGUGUUCCAGCCAUUGCCUUGAAGGGGGGGUGUCUCCUUCCAGAGCAUGUGGGACCAGGGCUUUGCAUACACAUCAGCACGAGCAAGCGCGUGUUCCAGGAGCGCCUGUCCUACUGCUGGGCUGGCCCUGGGCUAUGAGGACGAGACUCGCCUGGUGGAGCACUUGUUCAGUAACUACAACAAGGUGGUGCGGCCCGUGGAGGACCAUCGGGAUGCCGUCGUUGUCACCGUGGGGCUGCAGCUCAUCCAGCUCAUUAGCGUGGAUGAAGUAAAUCAGAUUGUGACAACCAAUGUACGCCUGAAACAGCAAUGGACAGACGUCAACCUCAGAUGGAAUCCAGAUGACUACGGCGGCGUAAAAAAAAUCCGCAUCCCCUCAGAUGAUAUCUGGCGGCCAGACCUUGUUCUUUACAACAAUGCAGACGGUGAUUUUGCCAUUGUAAAAUACACCAAAGUCCUUCUGGAGCACACAGGGCGUAUCACCUGGACACCACCCGCUAUUUUUAAGAGUUACUGUGAAAUUAUAGUCACGCACUUCCCAUUUGACCAGCAGAACUGCAGUAUGAAGUUGGGAACUUGGACAUACGAUGGCACAAUGGUUGUUAUUAACCCGGAGAGUGAUCGUCCAGACCUGAGUAACUUUAUGGAGAGUGGGGAGUGGGUGAUGAAGGAUUACCGUGGCUGGAAGCACUGGGUUUACUACGCUUGCUGCCCUGACACCCCUUACCUGGACAUCACCUACCACUUCCUCAUGCAACGCCUGCCUCUCUACUUCAUUGUGAACGUCAUCAUCCCCUGCCUGCUCUUCUCCUUUUUGACUGGGUUAGUUUUUUACCUACCCACAGAUUCAGGUGAGAAAAUGACUCUGAGCAUCUCUGUCCUGCUGUCUUUGACUGUGUUCCUGCUGGUCAUCGUGGAGCUGAUUCCCUCCACCUCCAGCGCAGUGCCUCUGAUUGGCAAGUACAUGCUGUUCACCAUGGUGUUCGUCAUCGCUUCGAUCAUCAUCACCGUCAUCGUCAUCAACACCCACCACCGCUCCCCCAGCACGCACACCAUGCCCCCCUGGGUCAGGAAGAUCUUUAUUGACACAAUCCCAAACGUCAUGUUUUUCUCUACAAUGAAACGACCAUCAAGAGACAAACAAGACAAAAAUAUUUUUGCAGAAGAUAUUGACAUUUCUGACAUUUCUGGGAAGUCAGGUUCUAUGCCUGUGAACUUCUACUCCCCACUUACCAAAAAUCCAGAUGUGAAAAACGCUAUAGAAGGAAUCAAAUACAUUGCAGAAACGAUGAAAUCGGACCAAGAAGCCAGUAAUGCUGCAGAAGAAUGGAAGUUUGUUGCAAUGGUGCUUGAUCAUCUCCUCCUUGGCAUAUUUAUGCUAGUUUGUUUUAUAGGAACAUUAGCUGUAUUUGCUGGUCGCCUCAUUGAAUUAAAUCAGCAAGGAUGAACGUCAGCUGGAAACUAUUUGCUACCCUGAACAUCUGAAAGCACCACAACCAUCAGAAUCUGGCCAGCCUCUCAAAGGUUCACUGACAGGAAUCAGGAACCACUGGGAAAGAGCAGGGAUAGUAAAACGUAAGGCCCCAUACUGAGCUGCUGCUCAGUAGCAUUUAAUUGCCAAAAAGAAACACUUGCAUUAGUGGUAAAAUUGAACUGCUGUCGGCCAGGUUUUGAUCCGUCUUAUCCUUUAUUAAACAUGUUAAUGUAUUAAUAAGAUUGUCUGACUUUGUAAGCAACAGAUACUAUUCCAGUGAAGUCAACAGCAGUGUAAUAAGCUUUAGCUGAGCUGUAAAUCUGUAUCCAACUUUGGCAUUCAAGCUGGUUUUAAUAUCUGCUCUGUAGCUUUUAUAUUUGCAGGGUCACUCCCUGAUAAUACUAGAUAUAACCGUCAGAAAUAUCUCAAACUCCAUACUUAAGCACUUGAUGCACAAAUCUGAACUGACUGUCAUGCAUGACUCUACCUGUAGAAGCUCUUGCUGCAGCAAAGUGGAGAGACUUACUUGGAAAGGAUCCAACCUGUUUCUAGAAUAAUCUCCAUAUUCAGCCUACUCUGCUCUUGGAAGGUUGGUUUCCACUCCGCAUUUGGAGCGAUGACUAAUGCUGGGGCACCUUCGACUUGAGGGUGUUUAUUUAAACACAGUCCUCUCUGUCUGGGAAAACUGUCCCCUGCCCUGAGCCCUGGAGCCAGGCGGGGCUGGCGCUCCUUGCCGGACGGUGCGGGUCGCAGCCGCGCUCCGGGACCCGCUGGCGGAGCGCUCCUCCCGGAGCAGCGCCGGGAGCUGCCCCGGCUCUGCUCAAAAGUGGAGCAGCAGCUCGCUCUGGUGGCUGAAGCAAAGCACUGCUGCCUCUGCCCGACUCCGCCGGACUUUGUUUACUCCACGUUGGACGUAAGCGAGAAGCCUCUCUGCGUGCAAAUAAUGCCGUGUGGCAAUACCAGCAGCGCUGCCUCUUCUUCUCAAAAAUAAAUAAGGAUAGGUGGGGCAACUGCGACAAGUUAGUCAUCUUUUCCAGCUGCUUGUCCAAGCCAAGAGGACUGCUUUGCUAACAGCUGUAAACAAUUUGCUGUGAGUUUAGUAAAAUAAUUCGUAUUAUGCUAAAACAUGUCAUGCCUGUAGAGGACAGGCAUUUGAAGCACUAGAGGGAAAAUGAGGCACUUGAGCAACACUCCCAGCAUUGCGUAGUGUUUGCUGGACAAUGUUUUGGUGAGCUGCAGUGCUAAGCAAACAGUUUGUCUGAAGUAAUAGAUCACUUUUAGCACUGCUCUGCUCUUACGGUUUAAAGGAUGGUAAUCUUUGCCUCCCUGGAUGAUCAUUAACCCUGCAAGAGAAGGCCAAAGAUGUAUCGCUGGGCGCCACCUCUGCUGACAGAGGGAAUGUUCACUGCAGCUGGAUUUAUCUCCGGUGGGAGCUCCCAGCCCCUGGGGGAGUCAGCAGCUCCCGGCUCACGAUGAGUUAAGCUGCAGCCUAACGGGGCCUGGAACUUAAUUUGAGAACCUCUGAUUGGCGCUGAAAUUGACAGAACAAUCCUCUUAGAGCAGCAUGUGGUUGAAUCUUAGCAUUAAAAAUAAACAUCAAGUAACAAGAUUCAUGGUGAGCGUCCACAGUAUCUUUGUUCAGCUUCCCCAAGGCAGAUCUGAGUCUUGGCCUCCAAAUUCCCUCAUCUGUGUGCCAGAGUCAAUGUGUGCCUGCCUGCUUCUCCAGCUCUCCUUAUACUCAGCUAGGUACCAGUGCUUGCCUUCCACUUCCUCAGAAAAAGGUUUGAAACUAUUUAUUCAAAAAUUUUCAUUUAUGAUGGUUUGACCUGUUUUAUAGGCACAGCAAAUCUUCUGCCUUUCGGUCACUUUGACUCUUGAUGAACUAGCUGUGUCUCAAAAGAUGUGACAGGAGGCAAAAAUAAAUGCUAACAACUUCCCUUCUUUAGUUGCAGAUUCUGGGCAUUGUACUCUGACUCUCCAAACAGAGUUCUCCAAGCAUCAAAUAAGUGCAUGUUUUUCUGGGGUUUUUUUGUUUUUUUUUUUUUUUUUUUUUCUUUGCUUUGCUUUGAAUACUUGGACUGUACCAGCCUCUAUUUUCUCUUCCUCGAUCACCUUUAUGAUACAUUUUUCUUGCAUACCACUAAGAUCCCCUGUUACCACUAUUCAUCCACUGGCAGAAUGCUCUUACCUACCUGCAGACUACCUCUUCUCAACUGCUACUGUCCUUUCAAUGUCAGCCCCUGCUCAAAUAGUAGCUUUGGAGGUUGUAAAUGUUCUGUCACAGCCACAGAAAAUCCACUGUACACAUGUAAGUAUGCAUAGUAUAAUGAUUUCUCAUUUACAGCUCUGUAGCCCCCCACCUCUUGCAACCUUAACACUAAACUCUCCUCUCUCCUACACGGGUUGAAUCAGCAGCCCCAGGGAGAUGACCCUGGAUAAUACUUUGCAACCCACACAUGCAUCUCUGCUGCCUCAUUGCCUUGAACAGGAAUAUUUCAGCCUGGAGCUUCAACUAACAAAUCUCAUGAUAAGCAAAGCAAGAAACAGGAAUCACAUACUUAUUGUUAAAUUUCUCUAAUAAGUAUAAAAAAUAAUGACGUGCAAACAUCAUGGUGCUGAAGUAAGCAGACCUCAUUUAAAUGAAGGCAGACCAGGGGCAUCUGGGUGGGAAGGUGUUGCUUUUAUAGUGAUAGUACCUGCAGCAGUUAACUGCCACCUUCUUGCUACUAAAGCUGCUUUUGUUCACUUUGAGCUUGUCGAUAACAUCAUAUUUAUGUCCUUAGUAGAACAGCUUCCUGGAAUGUCUCCAUCUUUUUCAGUUUGAUUCUCUUUCCAGUUUUCAAAUCAUUUGGCAGUUAACUUUCCCCUUCCCAUCUGUUUAGCUGACCUUAGCUACUCUCUGCUGUGCCAUGGAUAUGUUGCUCUCAGAGAUGCAGUCGCUCCCAAAUCUCUUUCCUCUUUGGCACUUGUGCUCUUCAGGAGACCUGACUCUUCUGAGAGGGUUAUUUGAAUUUUCACAGUCCCUUAUCUUGUACCGGCUCCAAGGGAGCAGUUUCACCUCUGCAUGAGUCUGUAAUCAGAACAGGCUGCUGCUCUCCAUCCUUACCAGACAGCUGAGCUGAACUCCAUGUCCUUAUUCUGUCUCUUCAGCCAGUUGGAUCUUGGCUUUUUAAAAUGUGGUUGAG